CUUCGUUAGCGCGACGGCCCGACGACCGGCCGAGGGACCCUUCACAUAUAAUAUAAUUAUAAAUAUUCGCGAGCCCUCCUUUUUUCCCCGACUGUACGCUGCCGGUGUUCGGGGUUGUAGGCUUUUUGUAGGGAGCGUGGGGUGUGUGUUAGCGGUUUUGGGCGCCGUUCCGGUGGCGGUGGUGGGGAGAACCGCUGCCAGUCGCUUGCGAACCGUGCUAGAGAGUGGACGUGUUUGAGUGUGCUCGAAUGCGCUACGUCAGUGGCCAGUGCUCGUGAGUGUGCUAGUGUGCAGUGCCCCUUAGGAUUACGCGCCCCGGUGCAUAGUGACCAUAAUGUGUUGCUGACGUAAGAUGUACCCGAGUGCAGGAAUGAACGCGGCGGCAGCAGCAGCAGUCGCGGCCGCGCGCCAUCCGGGUCCCCCGCAACCUGGACAGCCUUUCAAAUUCACAGUGGGCGAAUCGUGUGACAGGAUCAAGGAAGAGUUCAACUUUCUGCAGGCGCAGUACCACAACUUGAAGCUAGAAUGCGAAAAAUUGGCCAGCGAGAAAAUCGAAAUCCAGAGGCAUUACGUGAUGUACUACGAGAUGUCGUACGGCUUGAACGUCGAAAUGCAUAAACAGACUGAAAUCGCGAAGAGACUGAACGCCAUCAUUGCACAAAUACUCCCUUUCUUGUCACAAGAGCAUCAGCAGCAAGUCGCGACGGCUGUUGAAAGAGCUAAACAAGUUACCAUGACAGAACUCAAUGCCAUAAUCGGACAACAGAGGCCGGACCUCCCCCGUCUGCUGCAGCAGAUGCACGCUCAGCAGCUGCCCGCCCACGCCGCCCCCCCGAUCCCGAUGAUGCCUCACCCCGGGCUGGCGGGGGCGCCCCCCAGCACGGCGGCCAGCCUCCUGGGGCUCAGCGGGGCCCUCGGCGCCCCCGGCCAGCACCCGCUGUCGAUCUUGGCCUCGAAGCCCGACCUACAUCGGCCCGAUGACGUAAAAUCGAACAGCGGUAUCAACUCCGCAGAAGAGCGUCACAGAAACUCGAUAUCUCCCGCCGAGCGGGAAAAAUACAGACCUCGAACGCCUCAAGAAUCUGAACACAAGAAACCGAAGAAAGAGGAGAAAGACAUGGGGCACGUAAGUAUUAAACACAGCGACGGCGAGAAAAGCGACCAGGACUUGGUGGUAGAUGACGCCUCUGAGGACCCCGUGUCGCCCCCCAACGGUACCACUUCCCCCCGUGAGAACGGUAUCGACAAACUCGUCCCCAAGAAGGAGCACCCGGGCCCGCACAGCCCCCGCUCCGGCACCUCCAGCAACGCCUCCACCCCCUCGACGAAGAAGCUCGACGGUGACAAGCCCUCGACCCCCAUCUCCAAAUCGGUGACCCCGACCUCGGCCGCCGGCUCGUCGUCCGGAACCAGCGGCCUCAAGCCCGUGGUCAAGCCCCCAGCUCUCGGACAGUAUCCCCCGUAUCUGGCCGGGAUGUCCAAUGGGGCCCCUCACGAUCUGCAAGCAGCUGCGGCGGCCGGCGCCUAUGGUGGCCUGCACAACAACCUCCCACCUGCGUUGAAUAAUUACCCCAGGCCGCCUCUGCAAGUGGGCUACGAUCCGCAUUCGCAAAUGAGGGCGCCCGUGGUACCGGGGCUCGGGGGGAUACCAGGUGGUAAACCCGCUUACUCAUUCCACGUUAGUGCCGACGGACAGAUGCAGCCGGUCCCGUUCCCGCCGGACGCUCUCAUAGGGCCGGGAAUUCCCAGGCACGCCAGGCAAAUAAACACCCUAAGUCAUGGCGAAGUGGUUUGUGCAGUGACAAUAUCAAACCCCACGAAAUAUGUUUAUACGGGUGGCAAGGGAUGCGUCAAAGUUUGGGACAUCAGCCAGCCAGGGUCCAAGAGUCCUGUAUCCCAAUUAGAUUGUUUGCAACGUGACAACUACAUCCGUUCCGUGAAGCUCCUCCCCGACGGCCGGACCCUCAUCGUGGGCGGCGAGGCCAGCAACCUCUCCAUCUGGGACCUGGCCAGCCCGACGCCGCGCAUCAAGGCCGAGCUCACCUCCAGCGCGCCCGCCUGCUACGCCCUGGCCAUCAGCCCCGACUCCAAAGUGUGCUUCAGCUGCUGCUCGGACGGCAACAUCGCCGUCUGGGACCUGCACAACCAGACCCUAGUGCGGCAGUUCCAGGGCCACACCGACGGCGCGUCGUGCAUAGACAUCUCCGCCGACGGCACCAAGCUCUGGACUGGCGGUCUGGACAACACCGUCCGGAGCUGGGACCUGCGGGAGGGCCGCCAGCUCCAGCAGCACGACUUCAGCUCGCAGAUUUUCUCGCUGGGGUACUGCCCCACGGGCGAGUGGCUGGCCGUCGGCAUGGAGAACUCGAAUGUGGAAGUGCUGCACGCCACCAAACCGGACAAAUACCAGUUGCAUUUGCACGAGAGUUGUGUGUUGAGUUUGAGAUUCGCCGCUUGCGGAAAGUGGUUCGUUUCCACGGGGAAGGAUAAUCUGCUGAAUGCGUGGAGAACGCCGUAUGGGGCUAGUAUAUUCCAGUCGAAGGAAUCCUCAAGUGUGUUGAGUUGUGACAUUUCCACCGACGACAAGUAUAUAGUGACGGGGUCGGGCGACAAGAAGGCGACAGUGUACGAAGUUAUCUACUGAACUAAGUACCGGCGGGAUAGUUUAUAUUUCAGUGAAAGACACUGACCGUAGUUUAAAUUGAAGAAAAAUUGUGAUAAUUACGUGUAAUAAAAACUGCGAACUGUCACAGCAAGAUAGUGAUCUGAUGUGAAAUAUUAGAUUUUAAUAUUAGAUUCAGUGAUCUCCAUGACAAUUAAGAAAAACCAUGCUUCAUCUUAUAAUUUAAGAUACAUGUAAAUAAUUAUUCCCUAUAAUUUCCAGCUACCUUGUUAAAUUGAAGUGUUGUUAAGUCGACAUAAUACUUAAUUUUUUAUAAUUUGUGAACGAUUCCGUUAUGACCAUAUUGUAAAUAGCACUUAAGAGCAUUGUGCACAUUGUUUUUAUUUGUUAUUUAAUAUGUAGCAAGAAGCAUGACUUGAAAAUGCAAACGAAACAUGAACACAAAUGUAUAUUAUCUAUAUAUUUGUAAUUAAUCCUAGUAUCGAUAAUAAAAUUUAAAAAGUAUCUCAGUGUUGCCUACACAAAUUUGCUCCAAUUUUGCAUGUGCAAAAGUUAUAGUACCUUUGUGUAAAUUAAUGUGUUUCGGUUCGUUUAGAUAGCGUUUAAUACAUCUAAAUUUAUGUUAGAGAUUUUGUAGAUAAUCGGAAGUUUAUAUUAUUGUUUUUUAUUUUUUAAUAUUUAACUUGCAAUUGUUUAAUACAGAUCUUAAUUUUUAAUAUCUAGAUACGAAACGACUAGGUAAUGCUUUACCUUCUAAACAAAUACGUUGUUCAGUGGCGUGUACAAGAUAACAUCUUCAGGUUAACGUGUUGUGUUAUUAUGUACACGUCAAUUCAUGCUGUGUUCAUUUACUAUACAAACUUACAAUAGACCAAGUACAUGAACUCUUCAUACCUCAACACAAGCAAACAAUAGCCCAAACGAAUGUAUUUUAUCAUACAACUGAAAAUAAAACUUAUGUUACUUGCAUUUUA